UACGGUCCGCACGCUCUUGGUGUCGGUUCGUUUGUUUAAACAUUGACUGCAAUCGAGUCGAGACGUUCACUUGUCUCUUUAACCAUCGGGAGUUCGGUACUGGGGUUUUUCUUUGGUUGCGUGGUCGGAGUCAAUUAAUUUUUAUUUUCAGUCGGUGAAGUACCCGGGUAAGGGUUGUUGGGGGGUUGGCGCAACUUCGCGCGUUUUGGCGGGUUUUUUUGUUUGAAAACAUUUUAUAGUUUUUGAUUUUUGGAUACUGGGAUAGCGCAACAUGGGAAGUUUAGUACGGUGGUAUAACAAUUUUGUAUCAGAACGUCAAGAUGAAUACACAAAAGAUUGGUUCAUGGUCGGCAGUCUGGGUAAACUUCUUUUAAUACUAGCUGGUUAUAUAUACUUCUGCACCAAACUCGGACCGAGACUGAUGAAAGAUCGGAAGCCCUUUAAACUGACACGGACUAUACAAAUAUAUAAUAUAUUUCAAGUAUUUGCCAAUGCUUUUUUAGUAUAUGAGGGUAUACAAAGUGGCUGGUUUACACUUUACGAUAUGAAAUGCCAACCAGUGGACUACAGUGAUUCACCAUCGGCACAUAGGAUGCGAAGAGCGGUAUACUACUACUACCUUAUAAAACUAACGGACCUCUUGGACACAGUAUUCUUCGUGUUAAGAAAAAAAUACAAUCAAGUCACAUUUUUGCACAUUUAUCAUCACAGUUUGAUGCCAUUUUGUUCCUACGUUGGAGUCACCUUUGUUCCAGGUGGACAUGGUUCCUUACUAGGAGUAUGUAACGCAUUUGUCCACGUCGUCCUAUAUAGCUAUUACUUCCUUUCUUCCUUGGGUCCUGAAGUGCAGAAGUAUCUUUGGUGGAAAAAACACGUCACUAAGCUCCAACUGGUUCAAUUUGUUAUCAUCCUAGUCCACAAUGUUCAAGUCCUGCCCAGAAAUUGCAACUAUCCAAAAAUCUUCAACGUCCUGCUAUCAAUCCAAGCUGGGUACUUCAUCUACCUCUUUGGCUCCUUCUACGUUAGAGCCUACAUAGAGAAAAAACCUCAAACAACCAUAAUCAAAAACGAACUUAAAGAAAAAGUGGAGGAAAAUGGCAACACUAUUAUCCCAAAUGGUAAACACCAAUUCAACGGAAUGCACAAUGGCCAUAGUACUCAUACCUCGAAUGGGUAUAUUUCAAAUGGUCACGCUUUAAAUGGAAACGCCACCACCAUUAAACAAGCCAAAAGUAAUUAGCGAAUUAGGGUUUCUAUUUGUAUACUAGUUAUUAUCGAAUAUAAUAAAUUGAAAUGGUCGGUCCAGAGCCGGAUAUGGUUUUGGGCGUUUCUUUGCUCAACUACGGAGCUGUGAUAGUUUAUUCGGUUGGAAUAAUAAAGAACUCGGAAGUUCGUCCGAGUACGCAGCUUUAAAGGUAUUAUAUGAGGCUCUUGCAACAUAGGAAUACGACAAAAUAAUAAUAUUUGAAGUCAUAAAAUUAAUUAGAUAUUAGGGUAAGAGGUGUGAUAAUAGAAGUUAAGACCAAAAUAUUUCGGUUAAUAUUAUUGUUUUUCUUACUUUUUUGAAAUUAAGGUUAAUGACUAUUUUAAUAAUAUGAUGUUUUUAACAGAGGCAUAGUUUUGUGAGGGUGCAACUAUUUAGUAAUGCCACCUCAGAAUUCAGGGAGAAGUCCAUGUAUUUUUAAUCCGUUAUAAAUCUAGAAAAGCUUGGGUUUUAUAAAGAAAUAAUUUGGUCAACUAUUAUCUAUAUACACAUUUGACAAACUCAAGUCUUACGUGUGGAAGUUACGUAUUCUCUUGGAAAAUAAACUUACUCUAUUCUUACCAUAUUAAUAGUCUAAUGCAUAAUUCAUUUAAGUUUAAUGUUCAGUCACAAAAUACCGUCAAGAAAAUUUUAAGAAAAUUUAAGUCAAAAGCAAUUGGUCGUGAUAAUUUAAACUUAAAGCUUAUAUUGCUCUGUUGUCCAUUUAUAAUACCACAUAUUACUCAUUUGAUAAAUUCAUGCAUAAUAUGAAAUAUAUUUCCGACCAGUUGGAAACUAGCUAAUAUACUUCCAUUGCCCAAAGUAAAAAUCCAAAAGAAUUUAGCGACUUACGUUCAAUUUCUUCCUAUAUUAUCGAAGGUUCUAGAGAGAUGUUUUGAGCAGCAAAUUAUGUUGUUUUUAAACAGUAAUUCUAUCCUUCCUUUGAACCGGUCUGGAUUCCGUUCUAAUCAUAGCUGUGCGACCGCUCUAUGCGAUGUUACGGAUAAUAUUAUUCGAUCUUUAGAUGAAAACGAAUCCGUUGUACUAAUGAUGCUAGAUUAUAGCAAAGCUUUCGAUAUGCUUAACCACGAGCUUUUAUUGUCGAUACUUGGCUUUAUAGGAUUUUCUAAUGCUGCAAUGAAACUCGUGGAAAGCUUUAUCACACAUCGAAAGCAAAGAGUUUGUUUAAAUGACAAUUUUUCGGAAGACAUGGCUGUAGUUAUAGGAGUUCCUCAGGGCAGUGUUCUUGGUCCUCUUCUUUUUUUGAUUUAUACGUGCGUUUUGUUUAAUUAAAUGUUAUAUUAUGCUGAUAAUACUCAGUUGAUGUUAACUUUUGAUUGGUCAAAUCCGGGCAAUGCUGGUGACUGUUUAAGUGACUUGUCAGGUCUAUAUAACUUAUCUAUAAAACAUGGCUUACAGUUAAACUCUAAGAAAUCUGUUGCGAUGUUAUUUACCAAAAAAAAUUUAAGGCAGCACCUAUUGAAAAAUUGAAAGAUACAAAUUAAUAACGAGCCUAUCGUAUUUCAAGAUAUUUGCAAAAAUCUCGGUUUGUACAUUGAUGUAGGAUUAAGAUUUUCAUAUUAUGUGACAUCAAAAUUGCAGAAAACUUAUUCAGUGUUAUAUACUUUAUAUCCGCAGCGCCAUGAGUUAAAUGUGGAUAAUGUGCGACUCUCUCAUUCUUUCUCAUUUUAACUUUUGUAAUACUAUGUAUGGCCCUUGUUUACGACAGAGAUAAAAAGCGUAUACAAAAGUUACAAAAUAUACGUAUAAGGUUUAUUUUUGGUAUUCGCAGGCCAUAUGGAGUGUCGCACAAGUUAAAAGAUAUAAAAAAAAGUAUAAAGUGGCUUAAUAUGUCAUCGAGGAAAAAACUACAUUAUGUGGUAUUUUGCUACAAUAUUCUUAAGAUGAGGUGCCCCCAAUAUCUUUUGGAUAGGGUGGUAUUUAGAGCUGAUAUUCAUAAUCAGGCUAAUGUCAGAAAUAGACGGCGGCGGCGUUUAGAUAUUCCACGACAUCGAAAAGAAAUUUUUAAACGAUCAUUUUCUUAUAAUAUUGCAUCUGUAGUAAACAAAUAUAUUACUGAUCUUUCGCUAACGACAAACGGCUUUGGAAAAUGCAUGAAAUCUAAGCUCCAGAAUAUUAUUUAAAAACAGAGAAAUGCAUUUAAAAAAAUGAAUUUUGGAUUUGUUAUAGGUUUUUAUUUUUGUAUAUUCUCUUUUUCAUUUUAUUUAUGUAAAAAUGUUUUAAAUGUGUUGCCUCGAUUUUUGUGCACUAUUUAUUUAUUUUUCUUUGGGUACUUACUAUUAGAUACUUUUUUUGGAUGAACUAUUCUACUUUAUAGGCUACAACAGCCCUCAACUACGUUGAAAAGCUGAAAUUAUGCCUUUUAAUCCGCAUCUUGUCUGUCAUUUUUUGUUACAAUCAUGUUUUUGUACAGCUUUGUAAACAUAUGUAUAUGUGGAUUAAUAAACGGUAUUAUUAUUAUUAUUCACAGGUAAAAAAGAUUUAGCCACUCGUGUAUAUACAGGGUGUCCCAAAAGUCAACGAUAAGCCAAAAAGAACAAUAGACCAGGUGCUCAGAGAUUUAAAAAAAAUACUAAAAAAAAUCUAUCUUGAGUACUUUUAAAAUUAUAGACAUUCAUAGAAAAACCGAAAAAAAUUGACAACCCCUGUUGAUCUUUUUAGUAGUGCGGCCACAAAUUUUUGAAUUUCUUAACAAUUUUUAUUUUAAUGUAACCCUGAAUAACCCGCGAUAAAUUACAAAACUUAAUUCAAACAAAACUGUUUACAUUUUUACGAAAUUAUCAGAUUUUUGCGCUUGUGUUGAAAAUUGUGUCUUUUGACCAUUAUUUUCCAAAUUUAACUAACUGUUCUGGAAAAGAAAAUUACUUCACUCUUUGGGAAGUGAUUCUAAAAGUUGGCGUAUCUAAUCUAGAUUUCAAAAUGGUAAGACACUUGCUAUAUUAUUGCUUCAAUAGGUGUGUAUUUUUAUUUUUUUUAGUACAUAGUCAAAUGUACGCCGCUGCUCUAAGCUAAGUUAAUUUUAUAGUCAAAAUAAGUAAUGGAACAAAAUCAAAGUAAAUAAAACAAAACUUUAUUAGAAUAACAACAAAUGCUCCAAUUGUUUGCUCUCAUUCCUAAUACACAUUCUAAUCCUUUUUAGAAAAGAUCGCGUUAUUAAUCGGGCAAAUCUUCCAUUGUUGAUCUGUUCAGCGGCUGCCUGUAUUUUUUGGCGCAGAUCAGCUACCUCUUCAGGAUUGUUGUAGACUUUGUCUUUUAUUGCUCCCUAAUAAAAGAAAUCCAAAUGAUUUAAAUCGGGUGAACGUGGCGGCCACGCGAUUGUUCCACCCCGCCCUAUCCACCUGUUCGGAUAUUCUCUGUCCAGAAAUUCCCUUACUAGACGAGCAUAGUGGGCCGGGUAGCCGUCUUGUUGAAACCACGUGUUUCGGUAAAUAUCAAGUGGCACAUCUUCUAGUAAGUCUGGUAAAUGAUUUUCCAAGAAAUCUAGGUAAACUUCGGCGUUCAGAUUUUCCGGCAACUCAAAUGGUCCAAUAACUCUACCAUUAAGUAUUCCUGUCCACAUGUUUACUUUAAACUGGUAUUGUGACCGGUCCUCUCGCUGUAAAUGUGGAUUUUUCACAUGCCACUCAAGUAAGUUGUGGAGAUUUAUGUAUCCAUCCUUCUUAAAAGUCGAUUCAUCGGACCAUAAAAUUCUUUUCAAGAAUCGCGGAGUUUCUCUAUGUCUUUGCAACAUUAUUUGACAAAAUUCAAGUCUUGCCGGGUACUCUCGAGGUAAUAAACUUUGUACUCGUUGUACGUGGUACGGAUGUAACUGGUUUCUUUUCAAUAUUCGAUGUGCCGAACUUUUAGACACGCCUGUCCUGGUUCCUAUUCCACGUACUGAGAUAGUCGGAUUUCGUGCAAUUUGUAAGACUUCGGCUUCGUAGGGCAAGCGCGGUCUGCCUGCAGCACCCAUUUGAUUUGGAAAUCGGCCCUCUAGAAGUAAUUAAUGCACAUUUAGAAAUACUCUGUAAUCUGGAUAACGCUCUUCAUUUGGGUACCUUUGACCAUACAGUCUAGAGGCAGUAUUAGCAUUUCAUCGACAUUCUCCAUAGAUGAGAUGCAUGUUAGCAUAUUCCCGAGCAGUAUAACGAUCUGGCAUCGUUUCGUUUACUAAUUACACAAUCACACAGGUAUCGAUAGUCCAGAAAAGAGCCAAAAUCCAAAUCAAGUCCAAUAAGCCAAGAGUAGCGGCGUACAUUUGAUUAUGUACUAAAAAACCUAAAAAUUCACACCUAUUCAAGCAAUAAGUACCUUACCAUUUUGAAAUCUAGAUUAGAUACGCCAACUUUUGAAAUCACUUGCCAAGCAGUCAGGUAAUUUUCUUUUCCAGGACAGUUAGUUAAAUUUGGAAAAUGAUGGUCAAAAGACACAAUUUUCAACACAAGUUGCGCAAAAUACUGAUAAUUUCUUAAAAAUGUGAUCAGUUGUGUUUGAAUUUAGUUCUGUAAUUGAUCGAAAGGUUAUUUAGGUUUACUUUAAAAAAAAUUGUUAAGAAAUUCGAAAAUUUGUAGCCACAGUACUAAAAAAGUCAACAGGGGGUGUCAAUUUUUUUCAAUCAAUCAAUUUUUAGGUUUUUCUAUGAAUGCCUAAAAUUUUAAAAGUACUCAAGAUAGAUUUUUUUUAGUAUUUUUUUUAAAUCCUUGAGCACCUGGUCUAUUGCCCUUUAUCGGCUUAUCGUUGACUUUUGGGACACCCUGUAGAUAAACGACAGAACUAGUAGAAAACACAUAAAUAAUUCGAUGGAUUUUAAGCCUAACAUACAUAUUAUAUAUUUCACUGUUUGUACCUAAACAGUAUCGUCCUUUUGUUGAUGAAUAUGUUUUACACAUAAUAAACUUUAGUAUUGAGAUGAAAUAUUUUCCUGCUGCAUGGAAAACAUCAAUUGACAAACUAUUACCAGAAAUCAAAAAUCCUAAUACUCUUUUUCUCUUCUGGCGCCUGCAAAUUCUGUCAGGAUUUUGGUCUCUUAUUCGAUAUAAACUCAUUUCUAUCAAGCACUUUACCCCUUUCUUUAUUAAGCACUUUACCCUUUCUUGUUUUAUUAUUUCAGUCCAAAGUCGCCUACUUUGCUUAGAAUAAUCUCUGCCUUAUCUGAUCUGACUAUCAGUGUGAAUAGGUUCAGCUAAUCACUAACUAAGGGUAAGAAAGGACUCUAAGGGAAAUCAGAGGAGGAAGAGUAACAACUACAGUCGGGGUUUCAAAAUCUUUUCAAUCAAUUGUUUCAUUAUUCAUUUAAUUUCCAAUAAAAUUAUUUUUGAGAUCUUUUAUUAAUCCAACGAUGAAAAGUUUAAUUUUUCUGCCAUUUUGAAGGUUUUUCUAGUGUGAUCUUCUGACCCAUCUUAGUAUUUAUUGCACAUAUCGCAUUGUCCUUUAAUAUGAUGAUGUUUCUAAAGCGUACAAUUCUAGUGGGGUUUCUAUUAUAGUCUAUCAUGAAUAAUAAUAAUACAUUUAUUUCCAAACAUACAAAUUUUAAAUACAAAAUACUUAUUCUACUUUACGUACAAGUACAAGGAAGAAAUAAACGAUUAGUACCGAAGCUGCUCUAUUUAGAAGCUUGUUGGAACUUUUUCUUUAGAGAUAUAUAUAGUAUCAAUUUUUGAAUGAUGGUUAAUUCCUGUAAGUGGGAAUCCCGGACACCCCCCACCAUCAUCAAUCCAUAUGUCAAAUGAGAUUGAACCAAGGAAUAGUAUUUUAUGGACGGUGAUGCAGUAAUGAUUGACUAAUUUCUAAAGCACCUAUUUGGGGAAAAUUUCUGGUGUAAGAAGUAAAACUAAUAUAUUUUGUUUUUUGCCCAUUUAAUGUUAGUUUGCUUUUCCUAAACCAAUCUGCAAUUAAUUGAAAAUCAUUUUCAGCUGUUUGUUUUAGGGCUUGCCAGGUCUCUCCUGUGUAGACAACAAUUGUGUCGUCGGCGAAACUUAUGAUUCUUCCCACAGUUCUUAUAGAAAAAAGACUAUUUAUAUAUAUAAUAAAUAAAAGUGGUCCCAUUACAGUGGCUUGGGGUACUCCACAUUUAAUAUCUCUCAUUUCGCUAUAAGUGUUGUUAACUUUUACCACUUGUUUGCUACCUGUCAAAUAACUUUCGAUAAUUUUAUUGGCCGAAUGCCGCAACUUUUUAAUUUUUUUUAGAAGUAUUGAGUGGUUAACCGUGUCAAAUGCUUUUGUUAGUUCUACAAAUAUACCUAAGAUUGGUCUAUUUGCAUCCAAUGCGUCAUUUAGCUUUUCCGUUAAUUUAAUAAUGACAUCCUCGGUCACGUCUUCUCCCGAAACCCACAUUGGUUUGGGGAUAAAUAUUUACUCUUUGUUUCAAAGUCAUUUCAAUUAUCUUGGAUACAUUCGAAAUUAGGGAAACUGGUCUAAAAUUAUUUACAUCAUCCAAAGAUUCUGAUUUAUGAAGUGGUAUAACAGUGCUCAUUUUUAGAACAUCCGGAAAAACACCUGUACUAAAGCAUAAAUUUGUUAUUAGACAUAAAGGCUGUGAAAUAUAUUUGGACAUGUUUUUCGAAGUCUCUGAUUGAAGAUUGUCAUGCCCUGGUGCUUUAUUAUUUUUUAGUUGGUGUAUUGUUUUUUCAACUUCUUGCUGAUCGGUGAAAAACAAAAACAUAUACUCUUUCACACAUGGUUUUAUAUAUUUUCUAUUUACUCCCGGUACUCGUGUGUUUCAGAUAUUGUAUUUUUGUUAGUUUAUUUCUUACUCUUUUUCAAGGAAGAAGACAAAGUAUAAACUUCUUGCUUCCCUUCAAAAUUUCUAGCAUCAAAAAGCUUCCUUUUUAAGUGUGAUUGUGACUUUAACUUAUAGGUAUUUAAAACUCAUAAUUGAUGUAAUUAUUUGAUUCUUUGCUGCUAGUUUAAAACUAUUCGAUUUUUCGGACAUUGAGUGAAUGACAUUCGGACAUUGAUCGAUAUGGUCAUGGCAAUAAUACAUUUUACUAUAGUGUUUUGAAAUCUUUAUUCAGUAAUCGUUGUAGAUUAUCUUUAUCAUUAGUGGCCUACUACAAGUUGUUCUCUGAUCCUAUAAAUGUACUGUUAUUGAUGGUGAACAGUUUUUUGGUAACUAACCAUUCCAGGGUCAAUGAUUAUAUAUUUUAUGAGUUUACGGAUAUUUGCAAGUCUCGAUUUAUUAUUGAAAUUACUAUAUUAUUGAAAUUAAUUGCCUUAGAUAAUGAAUGAAUUGCCUUAGGCAGAUAAUGAAUAUCGCAUCUCAUCUAAACCUUCUUGUUCUUCACAUUUUAUCUGGAUCGUUUUACUUUUGACGAUAUAAUUUUUUAGCAACUUUAUGACUGAACUUAAAAAACUUAUUUUAUUAUUUUUUAGUUUUUUCUCCUCCUCUUAAGUAUAGGAAUGGUUAAUUAUCUUAUGAAUUUUAUUUCUUAUCCUCACACCAAAAGCCUUGAGAUGUUUAACAUUCUUCUACUUAUCACACUUCUUUUACAUAAACCUAAUUUUAUUUAUGACUUCGUAUUGACUUUUUAAUGAACCCGAUUUUGAACAGGUUUUUGAUUAUCCUUGACUAUGUACAUCACACGUGCGUGAUGAGUUUUAAAUAUUUUAAUACUGUUACGCGUUAUUGUUUACUAUUAUGGGGGAAUCAAUAUUUUCUAAUUAAAUUUAAGACCUGAAUUAUAACGGUUUUUUUUGUUACCCUUGUAUAUACCUUAGUUAAUUUUAUAUUAAUGAUUACAUUCUAAUGUACAUUUUAGUAUAGGGUUAAUUUUUAAUGUAUUUUGUACAAUU